UCGCUUGGUUGAAGGCGGCGCGUGUAGACGGCCUUUGAUGCUCGUCGAGUUGUUGAACUAGUUCAUGCUAGAAUCCAGCGGUUGACAGUACCCAUGCAUGGGAAUGCUAAGCCUCUUAGUCGGGUGUCGGUGAUCGUCAUUGUUUCAGCCGCCUGUGUUUGAUAUAGGAGCGUUGAAUGAUCUCUCUCGCUGAUUCUGUCAUGUCAUCAGCUCAAUUCAAUAACCAUGUUGAGCUCACUUCUAAUCCAGGCGCUGCUGGCCAGCCACACAUUAGCCUACGACCAACUCCUCGGAUUCGAUGCCGCCGCCGAAAUCGAAACACGCUCGAUCGACGAAAUCUACCAAGCCGCUCUGAAAGAAGGAGGAGUGGUAACACUAUGGCUAGGAGGCGACGAGCCCUCAGGCGGAAACGGCAUGAAAGAAGCCUUCGAAACUAAAUUCCCCGGCAUGACCCUCAACGUCACAGUCGAUCUUUCCAAAUACCACAGCGUCCACUUCGACCAGCAAUUGGCAUCGAACAAUGUCAACGUCGACAGCAUCGCAUGGCAGACUGCGCAUGAUUUUCCGAGAUUGGAUGCUGAAGGCGCUUUGCUGCAUUAUGCACCGAAUGGGUUCCAGGAGGUGUAUUCUCCGAUGCGCGACCCGCGAGCUGCGUUUUAUGGCAUUUUGACUGAUGCGUGGACUUUCAAGUGGAAUACGAAGAAGUUGUCGGGUGUGAGCGCGCCCAAAGAGUGGGAGGAUUGGCUGAGGCCGGAGUUUAAGGAUAAGCUCGUGUUGACAUAUCCGAAUGACGAUGAUGCGGUCCUGUACGCGUUUGAUCUUGUCAUGCAACAAUACGGCACAUCCUGGUUCGACCGUCUCCUUACUCAAAACCCACAAUGGGUCCGCGGUACCGGAACGCCAAACACCCUAUUAAACAGCAAAAACUCAACACUCGCCGCCUCCUUCACCACCGACGCACCCCUUGCAGACAAUGGAGUUGAUGGCCUCAACUUCACCUAUCCAGUCCAAGGCUCCUUCGUCAGCUGGUUCCAACUAGCCGCCAUUCCAAAAGACGCACCUCAUCCAGAAGCCGCAAAGCUACUCCACAACUACUUUCUCAGCAAAGAGUGGCAAGUCGCUCAAGGUUCCUGGCCUGUCCGCCGCGAUGUGCCAGCUCUUGCAGGGUAUCCUGAUAUUUUCGAUAUGCCGGGGACGAAUGUCACGUACUUUCAGCAAUGGAUGGCGGAUCGUGCUCGUGUUGAAAGGUUGAGGAAUUGGUUUGAAGAUAGGCUUGGUACAGCUCAGGGCUUGAGCCCAUUGAUUGAUGGAAUCUAAACAAAAGUUAUAGCAAUCUGCGGCUCGACGAUGAGUCGAUGGGUGAUAGAACCGAAAUAUGAACAAGUCCGAACUCAUUGCCAGGUUCGUGGCGGCAGUGGUGGCACUCUCCUGUUUCUCUUGUAUCAUUUCCCAUGCUCCUUUGGCCUACCUGUUGCGUCCCGAGGCAUGAUUUUGCAACGCGACAUGCACUCUGCUGAGCCCCAGUUCGCGCCAGUACCGACUGGCGGCAUCUUUUCUGCUGUAUUGUCGUUGACAAAAUUACCACCAAAUGCUGCGUUGACCCAUUCGGGCGCGAAACCGUUUGUGAAAAUUUGGCCGAUAUUCAUAGUUCCUGCAUCUUCAUCGUUGAGCGCUGAGACGAGUUGUGCAGGCUCGCACUCUAGCAGGCUUCAUUAGUAAGGCAUUU